AGAGGGAGGGAGUGAGCGGGGAACGUUAUGAACUUUAGUCUGAAAAUAAAAAUACACUUUUCCCUCAACUGCGUUACCCACUCCAGUCAACAGAUGGCGAUGUAGGGUCUUGAAGGUGCCAGAGUGACGUAUAAUAUAAUGGACGGGAGGCGCUUCUUCAAACACAACAGACACCUCGUUAGCCAGCUGGCCAUUACAAUAAAGCUCUUUAGAGGUGUUUCGUCUAUAUUGGCCACUAUGUUUUAAACACGAUUCUGUCGUGUUUACUUGUUACCUCCCUACAUUUAAUUUCAUAUUUACGUUUUGUUGUUUGUUUGCUGGCUGGCUGGUUAAAUUAGCAAUAGCCUAGCUAGUUAGCUAAAAUCCACCGAUAUGAGUUCACUUAGCUUCUCUCUUGUUAAAGAAGAGAAAGAGGAGGUCUACUGGACGGAGAAAGAAGUUGUUGUGAAAGAGGAGAAGGAUGAAGGAGUGAAGGAUGUCUCAGUAAAACAAGAAGUAGAAGGUGAGGCUGUUACAAUACAAAAACAAGUAGAGGGUGAGGCUGUUACAGUGAAAGAAGAAGAGAAAGACGUUUCAGUUAAAGAAGAGGAAGACGCGUUCAGAGUGAAAGAGGAGGAAGAUGUUACAGUAAAAGAAGAGGCGGAAGAGAAAGAGGAGGAAGCAGUUUAUGGAGUGAAAGAGGAGGAAGGAAAGAUAACUGUCACAUCGAAAGACGAGAAGGGAGAAGGAAAGGAGGCAGAGACAGGAGAUCAGAUUAACACCAGAGAGAGACGGGACUAUCGUGGAUCCUCUGGGGAGCCUCAACAACAACAUGAUGCUGACGAGGCAGAGAAGAGUCUCUCCAGAUCAGAAAACCUCAAGAAACCUCAGCGGAGAUCCACAGGGAGGAAACCUCACCGCUGCUCUGACUGCGGGAAGAGUUUCACCUCUUCAACAGAACUUAAAAUACACCACAGAAUCCAUACAGGAGAGAAACCUUAUAGCUGCACUGACUGUUUGAAGGGAUUUUCUCAACUAGGGAACCUGACAAAACACAAGUUGACACACACAGGAGAGAAGCCUUACCACUGCUCUGGCUGUGAGAGGACCUUUUCAACAUCACAGCGUUUAAAGCUGCACCAGCGAACACACACUGGAGAGAAGCCUUACCACUGCUCAGACUGUGGGAAAAGCUUAACCUCCUCAAGUGAACUGAUUAUACACCAGAGAACACAUACAGGAGAGAGGCCUUAUGGCUGUGAUCAAUGCGGGAAGCGAUUCACUCAGUCAUCAAACCUGACUGUACACAAGAGAGUACACACUGGAGAGAAGCCUUAUCGCUGCUCCAACUGUGGAAUGAGCUUUACUACCUCAAGCUAUCUGAUAACACACCAGAGAACACAUACAGGAGAGAAGCCUUAUAGCUGUGAUCAAUGUGGGAAGAGUUUUACUCAGCCAAGUCACCUGAUUGUACACCAGAGAAUACACACAGGAGAGAAACCUUACCACUGCUCUGACUGUGGGAAGGGUUUUGUUAGAUCGUCACAUUUAAAAUCUCACCAGAGAACACACACAGGAGAGAAGCCUCACCACUGCUCUGAAUGUGGGAAGAGUUUUGCCUUAUUAGACAUACUGAUAGUACAUCAGAGAACCCACACUGGUGAAAAGCCUUACCGCUGCUCAGACUGUGGGAAGAGAUGUACUACCUCAAGUAACCUGAUAUCACACAAGAGAACCCACACUGGAGAGAAACCUUACCACUGCUCUGACUGCGGGACGAGUUGUUCUACCUCAAGCAACCUGGCAGUACACCAGAGAACACACACUGGAGAAAAGCCUUAUAGCUGUGAUCAGUGUGAGAAGAGAUACUCUCAUUCAAGUUCUCUGAUUAAACAUCAGAAAAUACACUCAGGAGAUCCACAGAGUGUGGAAUGAUCUCCAACACCAGACCUGGGUAGUAGAACACAGAGUGUAGAAUGACCUCCAACACCAGACCUGGGUAGUAGAACACAGAGUGUAGAAUGACCUCCAACACCAGACCUG